UGUUGGCACCGCGCACUGACAUUCGCCAAACGUCAACAUGGCGUGACACAUACGCCGUAAUGUUCAUAAUAAACCCUUGUUUAUUUAUAUUUUCGCAAAUAUUAGUAGUUAUUUAAUGUCCCAUUGUUCAAACACUUGUAAAGAUGUCCCGUGCAAAGUCUCGCCAAAAUGUGGAAAUCUGUGGCGACUGCGGUGCCCCUGAUGCGACAUGGGCUUCAAUAAAUAAAGGGAUAUUAUUAUGUACGCAAUGUUGUAGCAUCCAUAGGAGUCUAGGGAGACACAUAUCCCAAGUCAAAUCUUUACAGAAAAGCAGUUGGCACCCCAAUCAAUUAGCUAUGGUGUGCACGUUAAACAACAACGGUGCCAACAACAUCUGGGAACACUGUUUAUUAGAAAAUAAUUCAAAAUUAAUGAAAAAGAAACCAAAUCCCAAAGACCCAAUCUCUCUUAAGAGCGAUUUUAUCAAAGCUAAGCACUUGCAGUGCAUUUACACGUUUCGUGACAAUGCCAACUAUGAUGAAGGUUUAGAAAAUGAACUAGGCAAACAGUUACAUGCCAGCGUUAGAACACCAAAUUUAGAGAUGUCUUUUCGACUUUUAGUGCAAGGGGCAGAUCCUAAUUAUUUCCAUGAUGAAAGAGGCACUACUCCCUUACAUAUUGCAGCUAAAUCUGAACAAAAAUUGCAAGUUGAAUUGUUGUUAGUUUAUGGUGCUGAUCCUACAUUCCCAGAUGCUCAUGGGAAAACGCCUAUCGAUUAUGCAAAGAAAAAUGUAAACAAAGAUGUUCUGAACAGACUUAUUGAGAGUCAAUAUGAGGUAACAGAUGCUUUUAUACAAUAUUUGACACAUCGAAAACCAGAUCAUCAGAACGGGAUACACUUUAUCCUGCCUCAGGGGGGCUUUGAGUCCAAUCCCAGUUCCUUAAGUAAGUUGCAGAAAAUGAAAAACGCGCUCUUCGAACAAUUGGUCAUGGAUGUAUUUGACGAAAUUGACAGGCGUGAGACAGAAGCAAUUUGGCUCAGUUGUGUGGACGCCAUCGAUCUCAACGUAGUUCCUUUCCUCCCAGUAGAUUCCACCAUGUCAAAACCUCGUAACCAAGGUCGUCAAAAACUAGCCCGUUUCUCAACCCCAGAACUAAAAAGUCUAGUUUUCGACAUACUAAUAGACACCCAGAGACGCCAGAUGCUUGCAGAAAAAGGUCCGAACAAAACCCACUUGCGCGAAUAUUCACCAGUGUCAGACGACGAUCCCUUAUAUGAUGCUGUUGCACCAGACGAAGAUUACGCAACGUUGCCAACCAUACAAGAAACCGAAAAACCGCCAGAAACCCCAAACAGUAAUGUCGAAGAGCUGACGAAACGACUACAGCAAUCCGAUAGCACCAUUUCGGACCUAAAAGCCGAGGUACACCAGCUAAAGGCACACCUCGAGAGUUUGAAAACUGAAAAUACGGAACUAAAAAGUCGACUCUCGCAGGUCAAAGUUACGGAAAACAGUAUUAACGGGGACGAUUUUUCGUCGUUGCAGAUCAUAUCGAAUGGUGAUACGGAGUUGAGGCAGAACAGGAAGAAUCAGCGACCGUCGAGUAUGUACGAAACGCGCGAAGGCUUGAAAACGCCCAAUUGGCAGCUUUUAAAGAGUCAGAUUAAACAAAACGACCAAUCGCGGAAUGCCACGCAGAGUCUGUAUGGAAGCGCUCAAGAUAAGCAAACCGUGUUCGAGUGUACGGAGUUGAUAACGAGAAGCAUUCAACAGUUGUGUAAAAGUUUGCAAGACAAAGAUGACUGUGUCGCUAGUGGCGAGAAAGUGAAGUUUGCUGUUGCCAGGUUAGCCACCAUCUUGCCGAAAGAAGGUGAAGGGAAGAACAUCAAGUUUAUGUGUGAUCUUUUACCCUUUCUUUUGACAGAGUGUUCCUCUUUGCAAAACGCCAAUAAACAAGGCGAUGUUGUUGCGGCUGACCAUCAUAUUAAUAAAAUAAGAGAGGUGGCGUUCUAUUUAGCUAAACACACGAAAGAGAUAGUUACGAGGUAUUCGUCGACGCAGUGAUUCCAUUUGUUAUUCCCAAGUUAACAAUUCCUAUUUAUUUAGUUCUUAACUGUACCUCAUUUGUAACAGAUGUCAAAGAGGGCGCCAAAGUAGUUGUUGGCGUUAGAUUUGAUUUAUUUUUCUAAAAGUGAUUAAUCCAAUUUUACUUGGAAUGUGCAAUUAAAUUGUUUUAACGGUUUUUAUUGACGAAGUGUGGUUAGGUAGCCGUCGGAUGGACAUAUUAUAUACGUACAUUUGACGGAGUUUAACCAAUAUAUUACUCCUCUGAUUGUUUUAAGUUUUAAUUUAAAAUUUUAUUGUUUCAUAGUUGAUUGUUAGACUGAUUUAUCUCUCCUGUUUAAUCCUAAUUGACAUUUCACUCUCACAUCACUGUCCGGGCGAUUAUAUUCCAAGUGAUUGUCAAUUACUUGUUUUAUUUUGUAUAAAAUGACUGAAAUAUUAUAUUAUAAAGACAGUAAUGUAUGUAUACUAAUGAGCUUUUAUAUAAUCCAAUAAAUAAUUCCCCUAUUCAAA